UCUGAGAGGCGUCUCUCCUUCGCCGACCGUCCAGAUGCAGUUUCGCCUCUUCUCCUUUGCGCUCAUCAUUCUGAACUGUAUGGAUUACAGCCACUGCCAAGGCAACCGAUGGAGACGCAAUAAGCGAGCUAGUUAUGUAUCAAAUCCCAUUUGCAAAGGUUGCUUGUCUUGUUCAAAGGACAAUGGGUGCAGUCGAUGUCAACAGAAAUUGUUUUUCUUCCUUCGGAGAGAAGGGAUGCGUCAGUAUGGAGAGUGCCUGCAUUCCUGCCCAUCAGGCUACUAUGGACACCGAGCCCCUGAUAUGAACAGAUGUGCAAGAUGCAGAAUAGAAAACUGUGAUUCUUGCUUUAGCAAAGACUUUUGUACCAAGUGCAAAGUAGGCUUCUAUUUGCAUAGAGGCCGCUGCUUUGACGAGUGUCCAGAUGGGUUUGCACCAUUAGAUGAAACCAUGGAAUGUGUGGAAGGCUGUGAAGUUGGUCAUUGGAGUGAAUGGGGAACUUGCAGCAGAAAUAAUCGCACAUGUGGAUUUAAAUGGGGUCUGGAAACCAGAACACGGCAAAUUGUGAAAAAGCCUGCGAAGGACACAAUACCAUGUCCAACCAUUGCUGAAUCCAGGAGAUGUAAGAUGGCCAUGAGGCACUGCCCAGGAGGGAAGAGACCACCCAAAGCAAAGGAGAAGAGGAACAAGAAGAAGAAGAGGAAGCUGAUGGAAAGGGCCCAGGAGCAGCACAGUGUGUUCCUGGCCACAGACAGAGCGAGUCAGUAAAAGACAAGACACAGACAAUAAAUCUGGAUUUUGUUUUGUUUUGUUUUGGGUUUGUUUCGCAAAGGUGCACAAAGCUACUCUCCACUCCAGCGCGCUGGGAAACAGCAUCUGUUGCUGCUCUGACCAGUGUCUGUUUCUAGUAUCAUUGUGAAAGUAAGAGCCACAGGAGUGGUUUCUGGGUUAUUUAUGUUUUGAUUUGAAUCUGGAGACUGUGAAGCAGGAGCUUGUGAGCCUGACUCAGUGGAAGCAGGCACAUGAUUGGCUCGCUGCGUGCCAAGAGGAUCCAUCCCUGGUCCAGAGCACUUGUGAGGUGUGAGGCUGCCCAUCAUGCCCGGAGGAGGGACUCAUGCCUAUUUAUGUGAAAGAUACUCGGCAGGCGAAGCACUGUUCACCUGUGACCUUUGUUUGUCCCAAUGUGCAUUUCUGAGGAUAAGUGUAUGUGGAUGCCUGCUUCGUGUUACCCUUGGUGUCCCAGCGUCUGUGACCUUCAAACUGUUGGAUGAUGAAACUGCUUGUAAUUAGGGAUGUGCUAUGGAAAUUCCUGCUCAGUUCCACAGCAGCUCUAAUAUGUACAUAUUCUGCUGGGGCUACAUAGAAAGCUCUUCUUUACUGUAUAUUUAUGCUUCCUUGUAUGUAACAAGUCAUACCAGAUGAAUAUGAUGUCACCUUGUUUCUAGUGGUUCCUAACCAUUGUCUUAACUGUUCUAGGUUAUAUAUGCAAGUGGACAAGUAUUUUGCUGCCUCUUGAAAAAAAAUUUUUUUGGGGGGGCUUAUUUCUCAUUGUAAGAAUAGGAUAAGCUAGUUUGUACAUAGCCAAUGCCCAGUGUCAAAACAGUUAUGGACAGACCUUCCCCACUCCAUGUGUCCCCCGCGCAAAUAAGGCAGCAUGUGGCAUUUGGCCAUCAGAAGAGCCUAGGAUAGGAUGAGUCUAUGAAACACAACUGAAAACAUGAGGAAUUGCAUGCACUUACUUGAAGAACUCCCUGUGCCAUUUUAUGGGCUACCUGGAAGAAUUUGUCACACUUAAUUAUUCGACUUAAGAAAUUGCUAGCUUUCCCCAAGUGUCAGUGAUAGGGCAUCUCAUUAUAUCCCUGAUCACUGUCGACAUUACCUUCAUGAAACCAUGCAUGGAAUUUGACUAAGCCAGAGUGAAUUCCAACAACUACCCGUCAAAUCUCAACAGCUCUGCAUUGAGUCAAACUUUCAUAUCCAAAAUGGUAGAGGCAGGAUGAAACUCUCCCAGGUAACAUUCAGAAUAAUACUUUCCAAAACAGCUCCUUGGGGACAACCUGUUUUUAGAGGGUCAUGAAUUCUUAAAAAAAAAUCAAUCUUCCUGAUCAAGGAAAAAAUUAAACAAAAAAGAAAUGUUUGCAGAUUAUUGGAGAAAUAACCAAAGCAAGGAAAAGCCUUUGUCUCACCUUGCGUUGGCAAAACUACCUCUUCAGUAUUUUUGUUUAAUAGUUGAGUCAAAAGCAUCUUCCCAGUAUCAAUGUCAUGUGCAGCACUGUGGAAAUACUGUUCUCAGAGAUAAGCCAUACAUGAAUGUUGUAUACAACUUUAGCGUUGGCAGUUAGCCCUCAAGUGUUCCCCUCCUUCUCAUCUGUUGAUGCUGUAUUCCUAGUUACUAAGUGGGGAGGGGUCUCCUUUGUAGAGUUCUUCAUUGUUAAUAAGUCAAUACUUG